CAAGGAAGGGACAACCAAAGUCAUCCUUAGAGUUGGCAACUGAGGCAUGACUAUCAGGGACUAGAUUUGGGGAGAUGGGCCUCUCACUCUGACAAGCCUUCGUCCUUUCUUCCCUAGUCCCAGAAUUGGCUGCCCGUGGGAUUAUCCAGCAAGUGUUCCCUGUACAUGAGCAGAGAAUUCUCAACCGGCUCAUGAAGUCAUGGGUGCAAGCUGUAUGUGAGAACCAGCCCCUAGAUGAUAUUUGUGACUAUUUCGGGGUGAAGAUUGCCAUGUAUUUUGCCUGGCUGGGUUUCUAUACCUCUGCCAUGGUAUACCCAGCUGUGUUCGGCUCGGUGCUCUACACCUUCACUGAGGCUGACCAGACCAGCCGGGACAUCUGCUGUGUAAUCUUUGCCAUCUUCAAUGUGAUCUGGUCAACACUGUUUCUGGAGGAGUGGAAGCGCCGUGGGGCUGAGUUUGCCUAUAAGUGGGGGACCUUGGACACUCCUGGAGAGGCCAUCGAGGAGCCUCGGCCUCAGUUCAGGGGCAUUCGGCGAAUCAGCCCUGUGACCAAUGCUGAGGAGUUUUAUUACCCUCCCUGGAAGCGGCUCCUUUUCCAGCUGCUGGUGAGCCUGCCAGUGUGUGCCGCCUGCCUCGUGGGGGGCUUCCUGCUCAUGCUCGGCUGCUUCCAGCUGCAGGAGCUGGUGCUCAGUGUGAAGGGGCUGCCACGCCUUGUCCGCUUCCUGCCCAAGAUUGGCCUGGCCCUCUUGGUCAGUGCCUGUGCCGAGGCCUACAAGAAGCUUGCCUAUUGGCUUAAUGACAUGGAGAACUACCGCCUACAGAGUGCCUACGAGAAACACCUCAUCGUCAAGAUUGUUUUGUUCCAGUUUGUAAAUUCGUACCUGAGUCUUUUCUACAUCGGUUUCUACCUCAAGGACAUGGAAAGGCUGAAGGAGCUCCUGCUCAUCCUCUCUCUCUCCCAAAGCCUGGAGCGCCAGCUCCGAGCGGCUGUCGUCCCCUAUGCUGCCCUCCGUCUCCAGCUUCUCCUCUUCUCCUUCCAGGGCCUCCUGGCUCUGGCCAAGGCCAGAUUAUGGGCUGGCAUGUUAGCCACCCUGCUUAUCACCCGUCAGUUCCUGCAGAACAUCCGGGAGGUUCUCCAGCCGCACCUGUACCGACGGCUGACCAGUGGGGACCUGAGUGCCCGCACCCUCUGGGAAUUCUCCAAGACUUUCCUGCAGCUGCUUACUCACAGGCCUCCUGCCCCAGAGGCCCGGCCCCGAGAGCCGCUG